CAAGCUCAACCAGCAGCAACCAACUCCAGACAACUUCUUCAAGAAACCACUUCAGAAAAACGAAACCCAAUCCAUCACAACCAGAACCGAUCGAGCAAGCAAAAUCAGACCAGUAUCAUCAUCACUCAGGAGAGAGAAAAACACCAGUCCCACCACCACCACCACUCCAAAAACACACCACACACGUCAUGGCUACCAAGCCUAGACUGUUCACGGCUUCCAAGAAAGGCGAAAACUACGAACUUCGCGCAGGGCUUAAUUCCCAAUACGCCGAUCAGAGGAAAGAUUCUAUCAAACGAGUCAUCGCUAACAUGACCGUCGGAAAAGAUGUGAGCGGCUUGUUUCCUGACGUUUUGAAAAACAUGCAAAGCGACGACCUCGAGCAGAAAAAAUUGGUCUACCUCUAUCUCAUGAACUACGCUAAAUCUCAUCCUGAUCUGGUCAUUCUAGCCGUCAAUACGUUCGUCAAGGACACCGAAGAUCCGAACCCGUUGAUUAGGGCCUUAUCGAUCCGGACGAUGGGUUGUCUGAGGGCAGAGAAGAUACUCGAUUACGUCUGCGACCCACUGCGUAAAUGUCUUCAAGAUGAUAACCCUUAUGUGCGCAAGACGGCUGCGAUCGGGGUAGCCAAACUGUACGACUUGAAGCCCUCAUUAGCACUCGAGAAUGGGUUUGUGGGCCAGCUGAAGGAAAUGGUUGCCGAUAGCAAUCCUAUGGUGGUGGCCAAUGCUGUGACGGCCCUGACAGAAAUUCACGAGUCGGCAAUCGCAAACGAUCCUGCAGAGGGCGUCUUCAUACUCGACUCGGCGGUCAUUCAGAAACUGUUGGUCGCAUUGGGCGAAUGUACCGAGUGGGGCCGGAUCGCCCUCUUGGGAGCAAUCGCCAAAUACCGUGCAACGGACGCUAAAGACGCUGAGCAGAUCUGCGAAAGAGUCGUCCCGCAAUUCCAACACGCUAAUGCUAGUGUGGUUCUCGCCGCUAUCAAGGUUAUCAUGAUCCAUUUUAGGGAAGUCCGAAGGGAAGAAUUUGUCAAACAAAUCAUGAGGAAAAUGGCACCCCCUUUAGUUACGUUGGUAUCAUCCGCACCUGACGUGCAAUGGGUUGCACUAAGAAACAUCAACCUGAUUCUGCAAAGGAAGCCGGACAUACUCCAAAACGAGAUGCGAGUAUUCUUUUGUAAAUACAAUGAUCCGGCAUAUGUGAAGGUAGAAAAACUAGACAUCAUGGUCAAAUUGGUUACAGAGAAGACGGUCGAUACGCUCCUGAGUGAACUGAAAGAAUAUGCCUCAGAAGUAGAUGUCGAGUUUGUCCGCAAAGCCGUCCGUGCCAUCGGCCAGUGUGCAAUCAAGAUCGACGACGCCGCCGAACGAUGUGUCAAUGUCUUGCUGGACCUGAUCUCGACUCGAGUGACAUAUGUAGUUCAAGAAGCGAUCAUCGUCAUCAAAGAUAUCUUUCGUAAAUAUCCGUCUCGGUAUGAAGGCAUCAUUCCCACGCUUUGCGCUAAUUUGGACGACUUGGACGAGCCUGAAAGCAAGGCUUCUUUGAUCUGGAUCUUGGGCGAUUACGCGGAAAAAAUCGACAAUGCCGACGAGAUCUUGGCUACCUUUCUUGACACUUUUGUCGACGAUCCUUUUCCAGUUCAAUUACAAACGCUGACUGCGAUCGUCAAGCUGUUCUUGAAGAAACCCGAGGGCGCUCAAAGUCUGGUCCAGAAAGUCUUGUCCUUGGCUACUAAAUCUAGCGACAGUCCCGACAUCAGAGAUCGGGCUUAUAUCUAUUGGAGGUUAUUGUCUACUGAUCCUGAGGCGACCAAAAGUGUGGUAUUGAAAGCACGGCCGAUGAUUUCGUUGCAAUCGUCGUUAGUCUCGCCGGCACUAUUGGAGGAAUUAAUCGACGAGAUCUCGACCUUAGCUUCCGUUUUCCAUAAACCUGCCGAGACGUUUAUUGGCAGGGGAAGGUUGGGGGCCGAUGAAGUCCAACGAAAAGCAAACGAGAGGGAAGAGGAUUUCUCAAGAGAACGAGCGAUCGCGACGGUUGUGCAAGGCCAGAAUGCGGAGAACCUGUUAGACUUUGAUGAUGAUCCGAUCGAAGGAGCCGGGGUUGUGGGUGUCGGUGUUGGAGGAGGAGGAGGAGGAGGGUCAGGGUCGAAUGGGCUGAUGAUGGGUGGCGGGGGCUUGGGCUCUGCAGCAACAUCAUCAUCCACGGCCCAUCGUCCGGCUAGCUCGACAAACCCCUUGGACGACUUGUUGGGCUUGUUCGACUCUAACUUGGCCCUCAAUCCUUCCCCCUCUGGGCUCCCCCAAAUCGCCCCUUCCUCCCUCCCCGCUUCCGCUAUCCCCUCCUCUUCCUCUAAGAUUGGCUUUAAUAAUCUCAAUUCUUCGGAUCUUAAUGAUGAUCCGUUUGGACUUUUAUAAUCUUAUUUCAUCCUUCCUUUAUUUUUUUCUUUUCUUUUAUUGUUUUUUUUUUGUUGUGUUGAUGAUGAUGAUGAUGAUUGAAAAAUAAAAUGUAUUUGCCUUUACUUGGCUUUCCCGAUUUAUUUUUUCUCCCAAGUAUUUCUUCCCCUCCUCCCCUUCCCUACUGUCCUUUUUUUGUUCAUUGAUCAUGGGUUCUUUGCGUCUGAUUUAUUAUUAGUUUUUUUUUUUUUUUUUUUUGGUGGUGAUUAUUGCAACUAUAAAAGCGUGUGCAGUCGGGCGCUACAGUACUUAUAAGUGGAGGUCUGUAUCUAUUCAAGACUGCAUUGAAUAUGAAUAUGAUGCAAAAAUGC